AUGGCUCCCCAACGUAAUGUACUGAUCACUGAAUCUGGAACUCUGACCGACUUGCUCCUCCGAAGCAACCGCGACGAGCAGGAGGUCUACGAUGUAAUCGUCGUAGGCUCUGGCAUGGGCGGAGGUGUGGUCGCUAGCGCCCUCGCGGACGAGAAGAAGAAGGUGCUGGUCCUCGAAGCGGGCUCGUUGCUGUUCCCCACCCAUGUUGGGAAUCUCCCUCGCCGAUUGAUGAUUGGCAAGUUUCAGAAGCAUAUUUGGUCCCUUUGGGAGUAUUUCAGUGUGAAAAACUACAAUACUCCACCGGGAUCGAUGUACAACGGCGGACAAGGUUUCAACCUCGGUGGGCGCAGCAUAUUUUGGGGCAGCUCCAUCCCCCCGUUGGCCGCAUGGGAGCUGGAAGUAUGGCCGAAGGAUAUCCAAAAGUUCCUACUCGAAGGGAAUGGUUACGACCUGGCACGAGGAGUGUUCAACGCGGACGUCCCGGAGUUGAAGGAUUUCCAUGUCCAAGCGACUGAGGUGCUUUCCGAUCUGCUACGAGAGGACUGGGAGAUUCUCCCGGCCCCAGUUGCAGUGGAAUAUACGGGCGCCACCGAGUGGAGUGUUCCCGCUGGAAUAUUCUCAUCUGUGGAUCUCCUGCUGGAAGAUUCUUUGGCAGAGGGAAUGAAUGAAGGGCAGGUCACUAGACAGGGCAUCACUGUCAAUGUGAACCACGCCGUGUGGGAUGUAACUUUCGAAGAUGGGAACAACAAACGCGUCAAUGGAGUCCGUUGUUGGGACCUUUUGGACAAGAAGGAACGGCAUUACAAAGCCAAGUCGGUGAUUCUCUGCGCCGGAACCGUCGAGUCCGCCAAGAUCGCCCUGAACUCCAAAAUCCCAAACGACAUGAUUGGCAACGGGAUCGUUGACCACGCGAUCUACUACCGUCAUUUUGUUAUCCCACCAGAGACUCUUAAAAUGCUUGGGCUUACCCCUGACGUCCCGAGGGUUGCGCCUCCUCGAGUGGAACCGCAAUCGACCAAAAUCCUGAUCCGGCACCGGGCGGCAACGCUUGACAGUCAUGCCUUCGACAUCAUCCUCGAGCUGGGCGCUCAGUUUAAUCAAGGCCGUUUCGUGGACAAAGAUCACAUCGAGGACGAUAUGGAUAUCCGCAAUGGGUAUCUAUUAUGCGAGAUCGUCUUCCAAUUCUAUGCGCCGCUCAUGCAGCAAAACUCCGUGACUCUUGCGCCUAACGGCGACUACGGUACCCCUGUUAACAUCUACAUGGAGCGAGCUCCUGUGCCCCCUGCGCUAUUAGCAGAGGCACGAAACGUGGCCAAAGGCAUUCUCGAGAGGUUCAACGCUCAGUCAAUCUUGGGUGAAGACGCUCUGAUGGAAGCGGAUGGCCUGCCGAAUCUCAAGGAGGCCGACGUGGGAGGCGUGGCGCACGAGAUCGGGACGUUGAGUAUGCCUGUCAAUGGACAGAAGGCCGUGGUGGAUGAGAACCUGAAGUUCGAGGGAAUUGAGAACUUGUAUGCCUGUGAUAACUCGGUGUUUCCGUGCUCGCCCGCCGGGAAUCCGAGCUUGACCUUAGUUGCGUUAGCUAGGAGGUGCGCCGAGACAGUCGCGAAGCAAGUGUAA